AUGGCCUCUCGAGCGUAUAAACAAUACAUGAAACUGGAGGCAGAGCAAAGGGUUUUCGAGAUUAUAGAAACAAAAAUCGAUGAGCUUCGAGAUGGCCAAUUCACGCGGGAAAAUCAUAAUGUUGUCAUUGGAACUUCAAAUCUUAUCCCGAUUUACCGAGCGCGAAUGAGCAGUGAUCUUAGGAUUAUAUACCGCGUAGAUAUUGUUCCAGAUCGCUCUCUCAAAUAUGAUCAUCAAAUCUUGAAGGUUCUCUGUAUUGCUUCUCGAGCUCAUAUAGACUACGGCUAUUGGGCUCGCAUUUCGUCAUCUCUUUAUCGAGGAUCCUAUAGAGAUGAAUACAGAGACCGAUGCAACUUCCGGUUGCCACAAAGUGCAACAAAUCAGUUCAUUUACUUGCCAGCCAAGUAUCCACACGACGAUAGGUUAUUCACCCACGAUUCAAUGAAUAUAUUGGACGAAUACGACGGAAAGUCUGCUACUACCGACUCUGGAUUCGAAAGAUACUUUCCUGUCAAUAAGGCGUUGUACAACUCCGUUCGUGCUAAUCUGGAAGUCAAUCUUCCAAUAAAUCUGGAUCCCCUUGAAAAGUCAAUUGUUCACAAUCAGAAUGCCACAAUCGUAGUUGGAAGGAGUGGCACCGGAAAAACAACUGCUCUAGUCUAUAGGAUGCGUGCCAUUCAUCUACAGGAUCAAGCAUCCACAAUUCGUCAAAUGGUUGUCACUCGCUCACGCGUACUGGCCAAGCACAUCAAGGCUACCUUUCUUAGUCUCAUCGAAUCAACUAGCGUUGCCAAUAAGACCGAAGCUGAACUCGCUGUCAUGGCUGAACAAUAUAAACAACGGUCCGACCCAGCCUUGAUUGAAUUCGAUAAUGAGCUUGAUCUCCGAGAAGAUCUCCCGCCUAGGUUCUCUCUGCUUGAAGAUUCACACUUUCCUCUUUUUAUUUCCUUUGAUAAAGUAAGCAGUUUAGCUGUAGAAGAAAAGGAUACCACUGGAGUGAUAUUCGUACAGUUGUGUUCUCUGCUUGAGGCGGAUUUGAUUGAAUACGAACAAGAGCAAAAGCAAUGCAAAAUGCCGAUUCUUCGCAGCAAUAUCAUUGACCUUGAUGUAUUCGAGUCGGAAUAUUGGCCGAAAUUCAGGAACAUGCUCAAAUUUAAUCUUAACCCUGCUUUCGUAUACUCCGAAAUUAUGGGAGUAAUCAAGGGGUCGUCAAAAUCAAUACAAGAUCCUAAUGGGUUCCUCAGUCGGGAUGAGUAUCUAGCACCAACACGGAAAAAACUUAACCGAACAGACCCGGGUUUGAGAGCGCAAAUAUACGAUCUAUUUGGACAUUACAAUAAAAUUAAGGGAGAAAGAUUCGAGAGAGAUCCAGCUGACAGAACCCGACCUCUUCUAAAGUUCAUCGCCAAUAAGGCCAACAACAUUCAAGAAUGGCACGCACAUCCGUCAAAUCACCUGGUAGACUUCUUGUAUGUAGACGAAGUUCAAGACAAUCUGAUGAUGGAUAUCCACCUACUGGGAUCGUUAUGUACAAGUGUGCAGAAUACGUACUGGGCCGGUGAUACCGCUCAAACAAUUGUUGCUGGGAGUGCAUUCCGGAUUAAGGAUCUGGGCCCCUAUUUGUUUGGCGAGGGGGCUCCAACGGAGCUGUAUGACUCAAAGCCUAUGGCAAAUUUCACUAGGUUUAAUCUCACUGGAAAUUUUCGAAGUCAUACUGGGAUUGUAAACUGUGCGGCUUCAAUUGUCGAUGCACUCUACAAGCACUUUCCAAACUCUUUGGACCAUAUGGAUCCCGAAACCUCAAGAUGGAGAGGGCCACCACCAGUUGCGUUCAUAGACACUGACUCUGAAGUUUGUACUUUUGAACAAUUUUUAUUGGGAUCAAGCGGAUCCCAUGCUUCAUUUGGUGCACAGCAAGCCAUCAUUGUUCGGUCCGAAGCUGUUGCCCAAACAUUAAGCCCGACAUUAGCUGAACUAUGCCCAAUUUUAUCGAUUACCAACUGCAAAGGGCUAGAAUUCGACGAUGUUAUAAUAUACAAUUUUUUCGCGAGCUCAGAGGCCCCGGACGCUUGGGAUUUCGUUCAUGGUAGUCCCCUCAAGGCCCAUAGGAACUCUAAGGAGUCUGUUCCUCCCGUAUAUUUAUGUAAUGACUUGAAGCUGUUAUACGUAGCAAUUACUCGGGCCCGGAAACGCUGUUGGAUGUGGGAUCAUGGCCCUGUUAAUGAAGCAAUGCAGAAAUUUUGGCUCUCUCAAGGACUAAUCACAACUAAACGAAUAUUCGAAGCGGAGGGAUGGGGCUCAGUAUCUAGCCCAAAGGAAUGGAUUGAAAAAGGCCAAGAAUAUUUUGCCAAUGGAAUGUAUAGGCUGGCUUCCGCUUGCCUAAAACGAGGCGGAGAGAACUCAAGAGCUCAGAUCGCGAUGGCUUAUCACCAAAUGUCUAGAGCUAAGGCCGAAAUGCUUCGCGGAGACUCGAGAGAAAGUCGUUCAAAGCUUUGUCAGGCUUCUCGAGCUUUAGAUGCCUGUGGAAUGGACGAAGAGAACUCUGGACAGAUUCAAAGCGCUAGACACUUGAGAUUCCACUCAGCAACUUGCUUGGAACUUGCUCACGAGGUCCGUGAAGCCGCGAAAAUGUUAAUCAAAGCAGGGUAUCACGAACAAGCCAUUCGUACUCUUUUCAGGCAACAGCUAAUCCGGGAUGGGGUGGUGCUGUUACUGGCGCACGGCAGCAAGUUGGGAAGCGCCGUCGAGCAAGAGUUACUGGACUAUUGUCGAAUGCACUAUUUUAGUAAAUGCAACUAUGAGUUGUUACCUCCCCUAUUCAAAUUCAAUGUUGAAGAACAGCUGAGCUAUGCACGACAAAAAAGCUUUCGCCCGCAACUGAAAUUUCUUCUUGAUCAACACAAGCGUUUUGCUGAGCUGGCAGAAAUCCAUCGGGAAGAUCGAAUGCUAACCGAUGCACUUGAAUAUUUUAUCAAGGAUUUUUGCGAAUACGACCGUAGCUCUAGCUUAGAAGAGGGGGCGAAAAUAGUAUUUUGCUACUCUGAGACCGUAUUUGGGCUUGAGUCCAAGAAGUCUGCUAACUCAAUCAAUUGCAUGAGAAUAAUGCUUGGCAAAUUGUUUCCACAUUUAUCCUCCCUCCUACCCAAGCAGAGAAGAAAGUUUACGCUAUUCGACAAGCUUCUUGACAGGUUUAAUGACCCAAAUUGGGCUUGGAUCGAAUCUGAGCAGUGGGACCAGUUUGAUUCGGAGGAGCGAAUCCACAAAACAAUGCUCGUUCACCUUUCGGUCAGUGACAUGGGUUGGCUUAAAAAUCAUCCGUCUCCGCGACGUAUCCGAGACCGCCUUGCCUGGUGGAUGUCAUAUAACUCACUCAUUAUAACUAUCGUCGAAGACUCUGAGCCUAGUCGACUUCCCACAGCUCAGAGGUUACUAGGCUUUAAUCCAUUCCGGCGAGAUCUUCUUAUCAAUAGUCAAUUCAUUGUCUCUAAGGAGUCCGUCAUUUACGAGCUCAGUAAGAAGGAGCGAGUUCCAACUCAACAAAAUUCAAACGGCGACAUAUUAUUCCCGGCCAGAUGGAUUGAUAAACUUAUUAAAGAUGGGCUACGAAUACCUCUAGAACGGCGGUUACGGCAAAUGCAUAACAGCCUCAAUGAUCUUGGCUUGUUCAAAGCUGCCGACCUGGCUACUAACGCGUGCGCUGCUAGAAAGCCGGCUUCUCCUGAAUUGUAUUCAUGUCUUAGCCAUCAAGACAAAGUUAAAAUCCUCCUCCUUGGCUUGUCUUCAAUCUCCUCCAUCUGUGAUGUGUUGCUUAGUAUUUGUGGUCCCGAAAAGACCCAGCCAAGCGUUCCACGGCUAUGGAUCCAAAGCCUAUUCGAUACAAUCUAUUCCAGUACUGGCCUGAUUCGGGAAUUCGAUCCAACCUGGUUGUGCGACCACAGCUUGACCACGGAUAAUCUAGUCACUUUUCUCAAAAAAUUCAUUUCAAGCGUUGGCCCAGAGGCAACAUUUAAUACCGGAUUUUCGUCUCUGGUGAUCGGUCAUAGCUUGGUUAUGUGCUUUAGGGAAAGUGCAUAUGAAGGAAACAUAGGGCCCAUAAGGUUGAAUAAUUCAAGUCAUACGUGCAGAAAUCAGCUUGACGAUCUAGACCUGAACGAGCGUCUAAUGGGAGAUUACAUAUCUUCAUUCUUUGACUGGAGCGACUUCAACGGGUUGACAAAUGCCAUUACUACGCUUAGCAUAUAG